AUGGCUAAUAGUAAGAGGGCAGUGUUGAUAGGAUGCAACUAUGAAGGAACGAAGGCAGAGCUGAAAGGGUGCAUCAAUGAUGUGUGGAGGAUGCACAAAUGUCUCAUUAACAGAUAUGGUUUCUUAGAGGAAGACAUCACUGUCCUCAUUGAUACUGACCAUUCCUACACUCAACCCACUGGCAAGAACAUUCGAUCCGCCCUGUCUAAGCUGGUCGGCUCCGCCUUGCCCGGCGAUGUCCUCUUUGUCCACUACAGCGGCCACGGCACCCGCCUCCCAGCCGAGACGGAGGAGGACGACAACACCGGCUAUGAUGAGUGCAUCGUUCCUUCGGAUAUGAAUCUCAUCACAGAUGAUGACUUCAGGGAACUUGUAAGCAAGGUCCCUAAAGGUUGUAGGAUCACAAUUGUGUCAGAUUCUUGCCACAGUGGUGGCUUGAUUGAAGAAGCUAAGGAGCAAAUAGGAGAUAGCACAAAGGAAGAAGGCCAGAAUUCAGGCUCUGGCUUUGGAUUCAAAAACUUUCUCCAUAGAACUGUUGAAGAUGCCAUUGAAUCUUAUGGUAUCGAUAUUCCAUCAGAAUUGCACCACCAUAGAUACAAGAAUGUUGUUGAAGAAAGACAUGUUGAACUUCCUCAUGGGGAUUAUGGCUACUUGAAGAAUAGGUCAUUGCCUCUUUCAACUCUUAUUGAUAUACUAAAGCAGAAAACAGGGAAAGAUGAUAUAGAUGUUGGGAAAAUAAGACCUUCACUUUAUUAUAUCUUUGGGGAAGAUGCUAGUCCUAAAGUGAAGAAGUUCAUGAAGUUUAUCUUGAACAAACUAGAACAACAUGGAGGUGGAGAAAGUGGAGGACAUGGUGGAAUUUUGGGGCUGGUGGGUAACCUUGCCCAAGAGUUUCUCAAACAAAAGCUGAAUGAGAGUGAUGAUGAGGGAUACAAAAAACAUGGCGUGGUGACACAUGUGGGAAGUAAGCAAGAGGCAUAUGCUACAUCAACUAAGCACAACCUUGUAGAUUGUGGAAUCUUGUUGAGUGGUUGCCAAACUGAUCAAACUUCUGCUGAUGCAAGUCCUUAUGGAGAUUCUGGGAAUGCUUAUGGGGCUUUUAGCAAUGCCAUUCAGGCUAUAAUUCAGGAGACUGAUGGUUCAGUUACAAAUAGGGAGCUUGUUCUGAAGGCUAGGAAGAAGCUUAAGAGACAGGGUUUUACUCAGAAACCAGGACUCUAUUGCAGUGACCAAAAUGUUGAUGCUCCUUUUGUGUGUUGA